ACGCACGCAGCGUCCUUUCGCCAUGGCGGAAUGUGGUCGAGUUGACAGCAACACAAGUAGUGGUCACGCCAUGGAUAAAAGCAUUACUCUUCCACCUGACGAAAUAUUCCGCAACCUGGAAAACGCAAAGAGGUUCGCUAUAGACAUAGGUGGAUCCCUGACGAAACUAGCUUACUACUCCACUGUACAGCACAAAGUGGCCAAAGUGCGAUCCUUCGACCACAACGCGAAGGAAGCUGCCAGCGACAAACUGUACGAAAUAUCCGUCCAGGAAGAGGUGACUGCACGUCUGCACUUCAUCAAGUUUGAAAAUGCUUACAUUGAAACGUGCUUGGACUUCAUCAAGGACCACCUGGUCAACACUGAAACCAAAGUGAUCAAAGCCACGGGUGGAGGAGCGCACAAGUUCAAGGAGCUGAUAGAAAAGAAACUUGGGCUUAAGGUGGACAAGGAGGAUGAGAUGACCAGCCUCAUCAAGGGCUGCAAUUUUGUGCUGAAGAACAUACCACACGAGGCGUUCGUGUACGCCAAGCAUGCUGACUCAGAGUUUCGCUUUCAGACGACUAAUCCAGACAUCUUCCCCUACCUGCUUGUAAACAUCGGCUCCGGGGUGUCCAUCGUUAAGGUUGAAUCAGAAGAUAAAUUUGAGCGAAUAGGAGGAAGCUCGAUAGGAGGAGGAACAUUCUGGGGUCUUGGCGCUUUGCUUACCAAAACAAAGAGGUUUGAUGAGUUGCUGCAGUUGGCCUCUAAAGGGCAGCAUACGAGUGUYGAUAUGCUCGUUAAGGACAUUUACGGAGGAUCUUAUGGAUGUUUGGGCUUGACUGGAGAUCUUAUUGCAAGCAGUUUUGGGAAGUCUGCAACCGCUGACAAAGAGUUUUCCAAAGAAGACAUGGCCAAGAGUUUACUCCACAUGAUCAGCAACGACAUCGGGCAGCUCGCCUGCCUCUACGCCAAACUGCACAACUUGUCCCGGGUCUACUUUGGAGGCUUCUUCAUCAGAGGACACCCUGUCACCAUGCACACCAUCACGUACAGCAUCAACUUCUUCACCAAGGGGGAAGUUCAGGCUUUGUUUCUGAGACAUGAAGGUUACCUCGGAGCCAUCGGAGCAUUUCUUAAAGGAGCRGAAGAAGACAAUCCAAACCAGUACAGUUGGGGUGAAAAUUACGCAGGAAGCUCAGGUUUGAUGAGCGUCUCUCCAGAAAUGAACCCGAUGCAGCGAGCUCGCAGCGGGACGUUCGACAUGUUGGAGAUGGACCGUCUGGAGAGGCAGCUGGUGAAUCUACCUCUGCUCCAAGACCCUUCGUCUUACAUCCCUGACACUGUGGACCUGACGGAGGACGCGCCGGCCCGGGAAUACUGGCUUUACUGCUUUGAGGAGGCGUUAGAUGGGGUGGUUAAGCGGGCCUUGGCGAGCCAGCCCGACAUGCCGGAGGCGGCCGUUCGAGCCGAGAAGUUUCGCCAAAAGUACCGCCACAAGCUUCAGACUCUGCGCCACCAGCCGUUUGCUUAUGGAUCCCUCACUGUCAGAAGUCUGUUAGACACGAGGGAACACUGUUUAAACGAGUUCAACUUUCCUGAUCCCUACUCUAAGAUUAAAGAGCAUGAAAACGACGUUGCUCUGAAGUACUACCAGAAGGCUGUGAAGUCCCUGGAGGAGCUGAGCUGGGAGGACAAACAGUUUGCUCUGGUCAGGGGGGUUCUGGCUGGGAAUGUGUUCGACUGGGGAGCCAAGGCCGUGUCAGAUGUCCUGGAGUCGGAUCCUGAGUUUGGGUUUGAAGAAGCCAAACAACAGUUGGAAGAGCGUCCGUGGCUUGUUGAUUGCUACGAUCAGUGGCUGGAGAGACUAAAGGGUCCCCCUCACAAGUGUGCCUUGUUUUUCGUAGAUAAUAGUGGCGUGGACAUCAUUCUCGGGGUGAUGCCCUUCGUCAGAGAGCUCCUCUCUCGAGGAACAGAGGUUGUGUUGGCCAGCAACUCUGGUCCGGCUUUAAACGAUGUAACAAACAGCGAGCUGCAGAUCCUCACUGAAAGAAUUGCUGCUAUGGAUCCUGUCAUUCAGACCAGCCUGCAGGAGGACAGGUUGACAUUAGUCCAGAGUGGUUCCAGUUCUCCAUGUUUGGAUCUCAGUCGCCUGGACAAAGUGCUGGCGAUGGUGGUGCGCGAGCGCAAAACUGACCUGGUGGUCAUCGAGGGCAUGGGCCGAGCCAUCCACACCAACUACUACGCCGCGCUCAGCUGCGAGAGCCUSAAGCUGGCGGUGAUCAAGAACUCGUGGCUGGCCGACCGGCUGGGAGGGAAGCUCUUCAGCGUGGUCUUCAAGUACGAGGUGCCGGCCGGGAAACCCAGCCGGGACGACGGCGCUCUGACGCCGUGACRAGGCCGGACCUGGAUCGGAGGGAGCAGUUUAGGUUGGAGCUCUGAAUGUAAUGACUCGGAUUGUAAAUUGCAGUGGGAGGAUUUUAGUUCACUUUUUUUUAUUUCACUGAUUAUUUUCUGCUUUUUUUAAACAUAAAAUUGCUUCCUCUUUAUUUUUUGCCGGUUUCUGUCGUCCAAUCCGUUUACUCCUGCCGUCACUGCCCGCUGAUCACCUUCAUCAUGUGGAAAAGUCUUCACUGCCGGUGCUCAGUCCUGUUUUACAGCAGCUGAAAGUUAUCACUGACAUGCUGCCCUCACGACUGUUUUUGCACACUUUUGGAAAGCAGAAAUCUCCAGCCGGUGUUUGUUUCUGACCUGGAGAAGAAUUAACAACAUUAAUACAGUCUGCAGAUUUUAUCCAUAUCAUAAAGUGUAUUUAAUGUGCCUUACGCCUGAUGUGAUAUAUGCAUCAUUUACUCAGAUUGCUUUUAAUUCCUCUUAAAAGCAAUUACAAAAACAUUGUUUUCUUUCACUCUUUUUGAUGCAGACUAGAAAAAACAUCAUAUUUUGAUCACUGGCAUCAGAUUAAUUAGAGAUUAUAUAAUGAAUGUUUGUCACUUUUGCGUCAGUUUAGAGCGGAGGGCUUUAUCGCAGCAAUUAAAGAUGGCAGGGUUUUAUUCCUCCACAAGGUGGCAGUAUUCUACUGUGUAGAUUUUAUUUUAUUUUUUAUCUCAAACCUUUCCCAAGGUGCUUGGUGUGAAAAUUAAUGCUGCAUAUUUCAGGUCAGAUAAGCACUAAAAUAGUGACGUGAAUCUGUGCAUUCACUCCAAAUAAACAGAUAUGUAUGAUUAUACGGCCUUUUUUUAUCCCAUCAGUCAAAAAAAAAAAAAAACAUAAAAUACUUGAAGACCAUAAAACUGCAGCACUUAGUUGAUGUAGUGAAAGAGAACUUGUGAAUUUGACUUCAAGGCAGAGUUUAAUCAGAAAGUGUUUGACUUCACGUUGCAGUAUUAAAUCUUUCCUUUGUAAAUAUGUGAUAUAAGUGUGUGUAUAUAAAUAUAUUACAUACAAUGCAUAAUCUGUUCACUUCAGCACACCAAGUACAAUAUUUCUGUAUUGUUUUCUUGACAAUCAGUUUUAAAUAAAUUGUAAAAACUUA